AGAAGUGAGAGAAGAAACUCAAAACCCAGGGUGGGGGAGGGUGUGUGAUAGGAAUCAGAAAGAUGGAGAAAAUAGCCUAUGUCCAUUAUUAUCAUCAUCCGCAUCAUUCCCGUCUUCGCCAUCAUCAUGAUGAUACUGGACUUAAAAAAAAAAAUAAAAAAAAGCCUUCUCCUAAGGCGGAGAAGGGAGGGAGAAAGGGGCCUCCCAUCUCUUCCUAUUCUAACCUUAAACACCCCUCUCUCUCUCUCUCUCUCUCUCUCUCUCUCUCUCCCGGCCUCCGCCUCCAGAAACUUCUUCUCCCAAAUUACCCCUCAAAUCUCCCUCUACGUCUCCACAGUCCGCACACACACUCUCUCGCGUCUUUUCGCCUCGAAUGGAGAUCGCCGGCGUCUAGGGUUUCUGAUUUGGCCCUCGUGAUCUUGAUAUUGGUACUCAGUAGCCUAGUCAUAUCGAUAUCUUAGUAACUUCUUGGGAUUUCCUUCCGGUCAGCAGAUAGUUGUAGGAAUACUGUUGAUACUUAGUUGAAGUUGAAUUUAUCACUAUGGAUGGCUUUGGAGCCUCUGCAUUCAGCGGUAUGAGUGCUGUAAUGAAGAAGCGGAGGAGUGCUACUUCAAGGCGGCCUCGGCUUGAGGCACAAUUGAUUAUGGAGAGUCAUGAUAUGUUGCAUCCUUUAAACAAUUCAAGAAGGCUAUCUCCUGAUGAGAAUGGAGGAAAUGAUGCUGGAUUCCGAAGGAAAGAGUUUUAUCUUAACAACCCUCCUCCAAGGAGUUCAUCUGCUCACAGAAUUGAAGGUGGAACAUCUUCAAAGAAGGUUAAGAGGGAUGACAAGACAUUCGAAGAUUAUUAUGGAAGUACUUGUCCUAGAGGUGGAAAUGGAUCUGAUUUGAAGCGUUGCAGCGAAGGUGCACUAGCCCCAGCUAACUUGAAAAGCUCGAACAAAAGUAAAGAGAGCAUUGAAAUGCAGUCAAGAUGCCCAGAUGCUUACGCAGGCAGGAGGGGUGAUGGUCAAGAUAUGCAUCAGCCUGACGGAGCUCAAAGUCUAUCAGCUGAGAACAAGCUGAGAAAGGUGAAACUCAAAGUUGGUGGAGUCACACGCACUAUACAUGCAAAAUCCAAUUUAGAAGCUGGUAACGAUGGCACUUCUGCCAAGCCUCCACGUUCUUCUGAUGCCUUUCGGCAUCGUCAAAGGCUUAGUCCUCAGGAUAACUCUGAUGAUCAUUCAUUUGAAAUGGAGAGUCGCCUGCAAGGAGAUGCAUGGAAGGAUUCCAGUGGAGUGAGCUUUUCUCGGGGAGAAGGCAUAUCUGGAAAGCAAACAGACAAGCUUCCUGGCAUAUCCUCUUCUGAACCUGUUCGUAAAAGCAAGAGAGUGCCUAAGAGGCGUGUGCUGGAUGAUGCAUUUGAUGAUGGUGAGGAAGAUGAUGAGAUCCGCUACCUUGAGAAACUUAAAAUUUCCAAGGUUUCUGUAGAUCAAACUACAGAUUUUGAAGAUACUGGGGAGGAUGGUAUCAAGAAACGGAAGAUCUCCAAACUUUCGAAAAAUAGGAGUACGCCAUAUGAGGUGGACGAGGACUAUGUUAUGUCACGAUCAAACAAAGAGGGCAGGAAAAAAUCAAGAUCAGAAAGGGAAUCUGAUGACACAGAUUAUGUUGAGGAGGAAGAACCUGGUUCCGAUGGUGGUCCUGAGGCCAAGAGAAGGAAACAGAAGGUAUCUAUAGAUUCACCAGCUGAUGUCAGAACUGAACCUCUUACGACACGCCAACGGGCACUUCAAUCAGGCAAAGGUGGCAAUGGUGAGAGUUUGAUUGAGUUCCCAAAUGGGUUGCCCCCUGCUUCAAGAAAGCAAAAGGAGAAGCUUUCUGAAGUAGAAAUACAAGCAAAGAAGGCAGAGGCUGCUCAGAGGCGUAAAAUGCAAGUAGAGAAGGCAGCUAGAGAAUCUGAGGCUGAGGCAAUUAGGAAGAUACUGGGCCUGGAUUCUGACAAGAGGAAGGAAGAAAAGAAGCAGAAAGAGCGAGAAGAAAAGGCGAAGGCUGCUAAAUCACAGACAUUAGCAUCAAGCACCAUAAAAUGGGUCAUGGGACCAACUGGUACAGUUGUUAUAUUCCCUGAAGAUGUAGGCCUACCAAGUAUGUUCAGCUCCAAGUCAUGCAGUUACCCACCUCCACGAGAGAAGUGUGCUGGCCCAUCAUGUACAAAUGAAUACAAAUAUCGGGAUUCCAAGUCUAAACUUCCAUUGUGCAGUCUACAGUGUUAUAAGGCAGUCCAAGGAAGUGCUCAACGACUAACCUGUUGAUGUUUCUUACCUUGUAUGUGUUAUACCCUUGGUAGGAGCAGGAAGAAGCCCUACCGUGCCAAUCAAGUGCAGAAAUGAUCAAGAUAUCCUGCAUGAUCUGACGAGUUUGGUGUGGUUUGUUUCACCCUCAGGUUUUGCUGUAGAACGAGAUGACUAUGGCUCUAAUGAAGUCGAAAUGCAAACAGAGAUCCACAGUCAUGAGACCUCAGGAUGAAUGCGCAGCCUAAUCUUUAAUGAUCAUAAAGCCCUGUUGUUUUCAGUACAUGAUUAUAUAGACCCCUUUUAAGGCCUCUGAUAGUCUGAUCGGUGAGAUCUGGCAAUGCCGCAGAGGUGGAUACCGCUUGAGCAAGUCCGUGCGUGCAUGUUUAUUUGGUUUUAAGUAUCUUUAUAAUUGCACAAAGAUCACUUACUGAGGUUCUGUGUAAGAAAUUAACUUAUGUUCUAUUGUCAGAAUAGUUUGAGUAGUGUUGAUUGGAUCGAAUGCAAAUUUUAAGGUUAAAAUUUAACCUUGAAUAUGUGCCAUUCUGCACAAUGUUAUUGAUAGGCUUGAUGAUAUUGAAUGAAAGAAAGAUGGGUAAAUUGUUUACGAUGUGUUUAA